UUCUUCCCCACGCCCGACUUCUUCAUCCUGAUCGGCCAUAUCAACUGGCAGUGGGGCCAUGGGUUCCCGGCCAUCGUAUACCUCGCCCUGAAUAAGACGAUUCAGAGAGAAGUAGGCCGAAUGCUCGGGCUGUACCGGAUGGGCAUCAUCAAACCAUCCGUUACGCCUUCUACGCAACAGAACCAUGAUCAUACUUCGUCGAUUCAUAUU